AUGUCCUACAAAAAGUUUGUGUACUUUAUUAACCUUUUCUUUCUACUAGGGGCUACAUUGUUGACUUUUUUUCUGAUACUAGCAGGUGGCAGGACCACAGGAGUGUUGAAGAAUUUUUAUUGGUUUCAGGCAUCCACUUCGGGCUUUAACUCGGCGCCCUCCGUAACCAGAUGGUACAAUUAUAACUGGUGCGGCUGGGAAAGCCGCGGAAUAGCAGUCAACUGCUCUUCUAAGAUGGCAGCUCAGCCGUUUUCACCAAGGGACAACUUUGGCAGUUCCCCCCUCAUGCCCUCAACUUUUUUAAACAACAGAAAUGCCUACUAUUAUCUUUCAAGAGUGGGCUGGGCAAUGCUUCUAAUCGGGCUUUUCUUUUUGUUAAUCACGUUAGUUUCGGUUAUUGCCAGUUUAAUCAGAUACAAUAGACGUACCGCCGCUCUGGCAACUGCAAUGAGCUGGAUCACGCUUUUCUUCAUAACCCUAUCCGCUUGUCUGUACACAGGAUGUUACGCUAAGGCAGUAAAGGCGUUUCACCAUGAGAAUCGUGAUGCUAGACUAGGUCCCAAGAAUUUUGGGCUUAUUUGGACCACAGUAUUUUUGUUAAUUGUAAACGCCAUUUGCUGUACUAUCAUGGUGGCUACUCAUAAAAGAAACGAGUACAUCUAUGACCGCAGUUUCGCUUCUACCAAGACAGUGGACUCACAAACUCCAACUCCAGUUCCAACAAAUGGAGGAAUACCUUCCUCGGUGCCUGUAACUGAGGUCCAACAAUCUCAAUCCCACCAGAAUCAUAGGUUCUUUAAGAAAUUGAGAACGAAAAAGAGAACUGUGACUAGCGCAGGCGAUGAACCAGACCGGGUUCAAGAGGAACGCGUCUAUACUGAACAGAAUGUUCCUGUUGUAUCAUAG